CAUGUUAGUGACUGACGCAGGCGCCAUUACAGGAGAAGUCUGUCUUGUGGCGACUCCAUCAGCUUAAGUUCUCAGUCCCUAACGGCAUUUGUGUGGCUUAUGUGGCUUAUUUUAGCCACUAAACGCCCGAGAUUAAAUGCUAUGAGGAAAGGGAGUAAGAAGGGCAACUGUAUUUGACAGGUGGCCUCCAGCAUUCCCGGGUGAUGCCAAGUUGAGUUUCGCCAGGGAGAUGCCUCCGGGAAAGCACUAAUCAGCGCCCGCCCCCCGGGAUGUGAAUACGAAGAACACCUUUUUGUCCCCAGUUGUCAUGGCAUUCUAUAAUUUGCCUCUCUUUUUGUUUUGUUUUAGUAUCAGCCCACAGGUCCUGAGUGACCUGUGUUCAAGGCCUGGUACAUUGUAGUCUCGUUAGGAGCAAGACAUGUCAGGAAGUGUCUGGUCAGUUCUGACUGUAGCAAACACAGUUGGCUCAGUGGAGGUUUAGCAUUUUGCCGUUCCCCCUCCUCAGAGCGCAGGAGGCUCUGGAGGAGGACUAGCGACGUUACAAGGCACGGGAUACUAUAGCAUUACAUCGUAGAAGGGCAAAGCCCUGGUAGCUUUGCUCUGUACCAAAGGAGGGAUUGGCACUUGACUGCCUCGCGGCCGGGACCCCUGGCCGCCCGAACCAAUAGGAGGCUCAAUCCCCCCGGGCGGGGCGGGGGGUGCGCGUGCGCCGGAUCCCCUUCGGCCGACUUCCGGCGCGUGGCGGGACCCCGGGCUCGGAGCGCGCGGAAUAGGCUUGUAAGGACAAGCGGCGAGACCUCUCUGUGUUGGUGCCUUUCAUUUUCCUUUUAAAUUCCUGCUUUGCAAACAGCAAUGACAGCCCGAGUACUUGUCGUUGGCAAUGGAGGAAGGGAACAUACACUGGCCUGGAAACUUGCACAGUCUGAUCAUGUCAAACAGGUGUUGGUUGCCCCAGGAAAUGCAGGCACUGCCUGCUCUGAAAAGAUUUCAAAUACUGGUAAUGCCAUCUCAAUCAGUGAUCACACUACCCUUGCUCAGUUCUGCAAAGAUGAGAACAUUGAAUUCAUAGUUGUUGGACCAGAAGCACCUCUGGCUGCUGGAAUUGUUGGGAACCUGAUGUCUGCAGGAGUGCGAUGCUUUGGCCCCACAGCAGAAGCAGCUCAGUUAGAGUCCAGCAAAAGAUUUGCCAAAGAGUUUAUGGACCGACAUGGAAUCCCAACCGCACAAUGGAGAGCUUUCAACAAACCUGAGAAGGCCUACAGCUUCAUUAUGAGUGCAGACUUCCCUGCUUUGGUUGUGAAGGCCAGUGGUCUUGCAGCUGGGAAAGGGGUGAUUGUUGCAGAAAGCAAAGAAGAGGCCUGUAAAGCUGUACAGGAAAUCAUGCAGAAUAAAGCUUUUGGAGCAGCUGGAGAAACAAUUGUCAUUGAAGAACUCCUUGAAGGAGAAGAGGUGUCUUGUUUGUGCUUCACUGAUGGGAGAUCUGUGGCCCCCAUGCCUGCAGCACAGGACCAUAAACGGUUGCUGGAGGGAGAUCAUGGCCCCAACACAGGGGGAAUGGGAGCCUACUGCCCAGCACCUCAGGUUUCUAAGGAUUUGUUGCUAAAAAUAAAAAAUACCAUUCUUCAGAGGACGGUGGAUGGCAUGCGGCAGGAGGGUAUGCCAUACACAGGUGUUCUCUAUGCUGGUAUAAUGCUGACCAAGGAUGGCCCAAAAGUUCUGGAGUUUAAUUGCCGUUUUGGUGAUCCAGAGUGCCAAGUGAUCCUCCCACUUCUUAAAAGUGAUCUUUAUGAAGUGAUUCAGUCUACCUUAGAUGGCCAGCUCUGCACAUCUCUGCCUGUUUGGCACGAAAACCGCACUGCCGUAACUGUUGUCAUGGCAAGUAAAGGUUACCCAGGAGACUACACCAAGGGUGUGGAAAUAACAGGGUUUCCUGAGGCUCAAGCUUUAGGACUAGAGGUGUUCCAAGCAGGCACUACCCUAAAAGAUGGCAAAGUGGUGACUAAUGGAGGUAGAGUCCUUACAGUAACAGCCAUCCGGGAAAGUCUCAUCUCAGCCCUUGAAGAAGCCAAGAAAGGACUAGCUGCUAUAAAGUUUGAGGGAGCCAUUUACAGGAAGGACAUUGGCUAUCGUGCCAUAGCUCUCUUCCAACAGCCCAGGGGCCUGACUUACAAGGAAUCUGGGGUAGACAUUGCAGCUGGAGAUAUGCUUGUCCAAAAAAUUAAGCCUUCAGCAAAAGCCACCUCCAGACCAGGCUGUGAUGUUGAUCUUGGAGGUUUUGCUGGUCUUUUUGAUCUGAGAGCAGCUGGUUUCAAAGAUCCUCUUCUGGCCUGUGGAACAGAUGGUGUUGGAACUAAACUGAAGAUUGCCCAGCAGUGCAACAAGCAUGAUACCAUUGGUCAAGAUUUGGUUGCAAUGUGUGUAAAUGAUAUUCUGGCACAAGGAGCAGAACCCCUCUUCUUCCUUGAUUACUUUUCCUGUGGAAAACUUGACCUCAAUACAACUGAAACUGUUGUCACUGGAAUCGCUAAAGCUUGUGGAAAAGCUGGAUGUGCUCUUCUUGGAGGUGAAACAGCAGAAAUGCCUGACAUGUAUCCCCCUGGAGAGUAUGACCUAGCUGGUUUUGCUGUGGGUGCCAUGGAACGGGAUCAAAAACUCCCUCACUUGGAAAGAAUCACCGAAGGGGAUGUUAUUAUUGGAGUGGCUUCAUCUGGUCUACACAGCAAUGGGUUUAGCCUUGUGAGGAAAAUUAUUGCAAAAUCUUUCCUCCAGUACUCCUCUCCAGCACCAGAUGGCUGUGGUGACCAGACCUUAGGGGACAUACUUCUUACUCCAACCAGAAUUUACAGCCAUUCACUGUUACCUGUCCUACGUUCAGGGCACGUCAAGGCCUUUGCCCAUAUUACUGGUGGAGGAUUGCUAGAAAACAUCCCCAGAGUCCUUCCUCAGAAACUUGGGGUGGAUUUAGAUGCCCAGACCUGGAGAAUCCCCAGGAUCUUCUCGUGGUUACAGCAGGAAGGACAUCUCUCUGAAGAAGAGAUGGCCAGAACAUUUAACUGUGGCAUUGGGGCUGCCCUCGUGGUAUCAAAGGAUCUGACAGAGCAGAUUCUGAGGGACAUUCAGCAGCACAAGGAAGAAGCCUGGGUGAUUGGCAGGGUGGUUGCAUGUCCUGAAGGUUUUCCUCGUGUGAGAGUCAAGCAUCUGAUUGACACCAUGCAAAUAAAUGGAUCAGCUUUGGAGAAUGGCAUCCUGAAAAAUCAUUCAUUUGUCCAACCAAAAAGGGCAAGAGUGGCUGUCUUAAUAUCUGGAACAGGAUCUAACCUCCAAGCUCUCAUUGACAGUACUAGGGAACCAAGUAGCUCUGCACACAUUGUUGUAGUUGUCUCUAACAAUGCUGCUGUGGCUGGCUUAGGUAGAGCAGAAAGAGCCGGGAUUCCCACCAGAGUAAUUAAUCAUAAGUUAUAUAAAAGUCGUAUAGAAUUUGACACUGCCAUUGACCAAGUCCUAGAAGAGUUCUCCACAGACAUAGUCUGUCUUGCAGGAUUCAUGAGAAUUUUAUCUGGCCCCUUUGUGAGAAAAUGGAAUGGGAAAAUGCUCAACAUCCACCCAUCCUUGCUUCCAUCUUUUAAGGGUUCAAAAGCCCAUGAACAGGCCCUGGCUGCUGGUGUCACAGUCACUGGGUGCACUGUGCACUUUGUAUCUGAAGAUGUGGAUGCUGGACAAAUUAUUUUACAAGAAGCUGUUCCUGUGAAGAGGGAUGACACGGUUUCAACUCUGUCUGAAAGAGUAAAAUUAGCAGAACAUAAGAUAUUUCCUGCAGCCCUCCAGCUGGUGGCCAGUGGAACUGUACAGCUGGGAGAAAAUGGCAAGAUCUGCUGGGUCAGAGAGGAAUGAAGUCUGAAGUCUCCUAAAUCAGGAAGGGAGCCAUUUUUUUAAAGAAGUCUGGUUGCAUGGCGCCUCAACCCAAAAGAAAAACUGCUAAAAAAGAAGACCUCACCCUUACCUCUUUGGCCAUUUUUUUAAAGAUCAGAUUUGUUAAAAACAAGACUAGUUCAGCAUAUCAAAGACAUACAUGUAUCAUCCUCAGUAGUCGUUCAGGUUUUACCAGUUCAGGACCUUCCUGUUCAUAAUCAGGCUAGUAAUUCAGAAUUCCUUUAACUUUCAGCCAAACAAGUUAACAAAACUCUUAGUCUGUCUUAUCCUCUUUUUCUGACCAAUAUCAACCUCCAUUUUUCUUUUUAGUUAUAUCUUCUCUAAUCUAAUCAAGUUUAAAGAAUUAAUAUCUUUUCUGCAAAUUGUAUAUCUGUGCCAGUUUGAAUUAAGACUUCUCUAAUUAUCCUGAUCAUAAUUUAAUGUCAUAAAAUUUCUGGGUACCUCCCAUUUCUGGGGGAUAGUGUACUUUGUGCUUUGUGAUAUCAUUAAACAACCCUCUAAUUACUGACAGUUACUAUAAUACCCAGAUUUCUGCUUCACAGGUACUCCAUGGAUUAUAAACACCAUACUUUUAUAAAUGACUAGAGAGUUAAAGGGAAAGUUUUGCUGGCUUCUAGAUUCAAACUUAGGACUUCGGGCAUAUUACUCAUCCUCUGUGCUGUUUCCCCAUCUAUUAAAGUAGACAAAUGCCUGUCAUAUGGUUAGUGGAAGUCUGGUAGGUGCUGUUUGGGAGGAGUGAGGGCACUGCCAAACAAAAUGGAGAGCAGUCCAUCCAGACUAGUAAAGAGUGUGAUGGCACUGUAUGUAUUUCACACUCUAGCCAGUCUUUUCCAUUCUGGAUGUGCAAUUCUGGAACCGGGAGGUUAGGUAGACAUGGUGGGCACAUGUGCAUGACUCUGCCCAUAGGGCAUCAAGCUUGGUACACGUUUCUACCAAAGCUGAAUGAACAAGGAAUGGCCACUUGGUCCAAAGCCAGCCAAACAUCCUUACACUGCUGAACAGCCUUCAAGAUAGUGUUGCCUAAGCUCUGCCUGCGCAGCUGUUGUGUACAUUACUGGGAGGGUACUUGGAGGCCCUGUUCAAAUCUUCCCUUGGAGUUUAAACUCAAAACCUAAUAGCAAAGGACUCAGAGUAGUUAUAUAUAGGAGAUAGUAAACUCUAGCCUUAGGACAGGAAAGAGUAGAGGGUUAAGAGAACAGAGACCUUCUGUAGACCUUAACCACUGCUUCUGGGCAGCUGGCCAGUGACUACCCUUGCUCACAUUGACUGCAGUCAACAACUGCCAUCCAAAGCAAGAUGCAGGUGUGUCAUUUCACAUACGUCCCUUUAAUGUAAAAAUAGGAUUCAUUUAAUACUUAACUGCUGUAUGACUCCUACACCCUGCCAGCUACCCAUAGAUAGCACCAAAUUUAACAUUAUUAAGGACCUAUUAAAACAGGCCAAACACUUCCCUGUGAAGUUUAUAGAAAGUUAAAAGAUACAAAGGAAAAUAUUAGUUGAUAAAAUCACAUGCUGUAAUUAAAUUAGAGUCUAGUACCAGGAUGUAAAUUUGAAAAAGGAGUGUAAACUUGCAACUUCAGAAAUAUAAUUUUUAAGCCCUUUGAUACUGAUCUCCACUAAAAAGAACCUUGGCUCUAUUUGAAGUAGCUGAGUCCAUAUCUUGGGACAGGGAGAAUCAGAAUAUAUCUGAAAUAUCUGGUUGCUGGGAACAAAAAAAAAAAUGCUUGGAAAUAGCAGGAUUGAUACUGAAAGAACUAAGGAAUCAAUUUUAAGAGCAUCCUACUGUCUAGUUUGAUGAGAUAAGUAUUUGGACAUGUUGAGUAUGUAGACAGCCAUUAGUUUAUGAUGAUACUCAGAAAAAGGUCAUUUAAGUCAUGAAAAGGUCAUACUGCGAAACGGGUAAAAAGUGUUAAUAUUUGCUUCAUGCAAUAAAUACGGAUUUUUUUAAA